GGCCGCGGGACCGAAGGGGCCCGAGCGGCGGCUGCAGAGCCCUAGCCCGAGAUUGGCGAGGGAGGCUGAGGUCGUGGCGGCGGCGGGAGAAGAUGGUGGCAGUAGAGGUAGGAGCGGCUGGAGUGGAGCUUUAUUCCCAGGCUUGGCACCAACGCUGUCAUUAGCGCCGCCUGCUCCCGCGGGCCCGCGGACCCAGCUGUCAAGCAAGCCGGGCAGAACAAAAUGAGAGCGCUUUGAGCCGGCCCAACUUCUCUCCCAGCCGUCCCUGACGCCCACCAUGAACCACUUGGAGGGGCCCGCGGAGGCGGAGGUGGAAGUGACCGACGAGGCGGCAGGCGGGGAGGUGAACGAGUUGGUAGAGGCCGACCUGGAGCACCCCGAAGUGGAGGAGGAGCAGCAGCACUAUGGGGGCCGACCCCCGCGCGGGCGCGCUGUCGAAGACCUCCGAGCAUCGCCCGGGCAGCAGCAGGAAGAGGAGGAGCGCGGGGAGUGCCUGGCGCGCUCUGCCAGCACCGAGAGCGGCUUUCACAACCACACGGACACCGCUGAGGGCGACGUUAUUGCCGCGGCCCGCGACGGCUACGACGCCGAGCGCGCGCAGGACCCAGAGGACGAGAGCGCAUACGCCGUGCAGUACCGACCCGAGGCCGAGGAGUACACGGAGCAGGCGGAGGCCGAGCAUGCCGAGGCCACGCACCGCCGCACACUGCCCAACCACCUGCACUUCCACUCGUUGGAACACGAGGAGGCCAUGAACGCGGCAUACUCGGGUUACGUCUACACGCACCGGCUCUUCCACCGCGGCGAGGACGAGCCCUACGCUGAACCCUACGCCGACUACGGGGGCCUCCAGGAGCACGUGUACGAGGAGAUCGGAGACGCGCCCGAGCUGGACGGGCACGACGGCCUGAGGCUGUACGAGCAGGAGCGCGACGAAGCAGCCGCGUAUCGCCAGGAGGCCCUGGGCGCGCGGCUGCACCACUAUGAUGAACGCUCCGACGGCGAGUCUGAUAGCCCGGAGAAGGAGGCCGAGUUCGCGCCCUACCCGCGCAUGGAUAGCUACGAGCAGGAGGAGGACAUCGACCAGAUCGUGGCUGAGGUCAAGCAGAGCAUGAGCUCACAGAGCCUCGACAAAGCAGCCGAGGACAUGCCCGAGGCCGAGCAGGACUUGGAGCGUGCUCCUACCCCAGGCGGGGGCCGCCCCGACAGCCCUGGCCUGCAGACGCUGGCGGGGCAGCAGCGGCUGGCGAGUACCGUGGGCAGCGAGGCGGUGCAGCGGUACAGCAAGGAGAAAAGGGAUGCCAUCUCGCUGGCCAUCAAGGACAUCAAGGAGGCCAUCGAGGAAGUGAAAACCAGGACCAUCCGUUCGCCUUACACCCCCGACGAGCCCAAAGAGCCCAUCUGGGUCAUGCGCCAGGAUAUUAGUCCCACCAAGGAUUGUGACGACCAGAGGCCGGUGGAUGGAGAUUCUCCAUCUCCUGGCAGUUCCUCACCCCUGGGUGCAGAGUCUUCAAGCACAUCCCUUCAUCCCAGUGACCCCUCGGAAGCCUCCACAAAUAAAGAGUCAAGAAAAAGCUUGGCUUCAUUCCCAACCUACGUUGAAGUUCCCGGACCUUGUGACCCCGAGGACUUGAUCGAUGGAAUCAUUUUUGCCGCCAAUUACCUUGGCUCCACCCAGCUGCUCUCAGACAAAACUCCCUCCAAAAAUGUGCGCAUGAUGCAGGCCCAGGAAGCAGUCAGCAGGAUUAAGAUGGCCCAGAAAUUAGCCAAAAGCAGGAAGAAGGCUCCUGAAGGUGAAUCUCAGCCAAUGACCGAGGUGGAUCUCUUCAUUUCCACGCAGAGAAUCAAAGUGUUGAACGCCGACACGCAGGAGACGAUGAUGGACCACCCUCUGAGGACCAUUUCCUACAUCGCAGACAUCGGGAACAUCGUUGUGCUGAUGGCCCGUAGGCGGAUGCCGCGCUCCAACUCCCAGGAGAACGUGGAAGCCUCUCACCCGUCCCAGGAUGGAAAAAGGCAGUACAAGAUGAUCUGCCACGUCUUUGAGUCCGAGGACGCCCAGCUGAUCGCACAGUCCAUUGGGCAGGCAUUUAGCGUGGCAUACCAGGAAUUCCUCAGGGCCAACGGGAUUAACCCCGAAGAUCUCAGCCAGAAGGAGUACAGCGACCUGCUCAACACCCAGGACAUGUACAACGACGAUCUGAUCCACUUCUCCAAGUCGGAAAACUGCAAAGAUGUCUUCAUAGAGAAGCAGAAGGGGGAAAUCCUAGGUGUGGUGAUUGUGGAGUCUGGCUGGGGAUCCAUCUUGCCAACCGUGAUCAUAGCCAACAUGAUGCACGGAGGACCAGCAGAGAAAUCAGGGAAGCUGAAUAUCGGGGACCAGAUCAUGUCCAUAAAUGGCACCAGCCUGGUCGGCCUGCCUCUGUCCACCUGCCAGAGCAUUAUUAAGGGCUUGAAGAAUCAGGCCCGGGUCAAGCUGAAUAUUGUGAGGUGUCCGCCGGUGACCACCGUGUUGAUCAGGAGACCAGACCUUCGCUACCAGCUGGGGUUCAGUGUUCAGAAUGGAAUUAUCUGCAGCCUCAUGCGAGGGGGCAUAGCGGAGAGGGGAGGCGUCCGCGUGGGACAUCGCAUCAUUGAAAUCAACGGGCAGAGCGUGGUCGCCACCCCGCACGAGAAGAUUGUCCACAUCCUCUCCAACGCCGUGGGGGAGAUUCACAUGAAGACGAUGCCGGCUGCCAUGUACAGACUGCUGACGGCCCAGGAGCAGCCCGUGUACAUCUGAGGCUGCACCCGCGCCCGCGGCAUGCAUGGAGGACUCUCCUCACUUGUGGUUGUGUUUCUCGUGCUGCAUCUGUGUGCCCACUGAGACAUUCCCCACUCACGCCCAGCACUCGGUCUGACACAGGAGGAAAAGAAUCUACAGAGACCUCCCUCUCUGUGCUCUGUCUCUCUCCAGUUUGCAUUUUUUGUUUUUAAUACCAGGGAAGUUUUGUAUGCGCUCCCUUGAGGGUUGUCACCACCCAGGAAGAAUCCUCGCUUCCCCAGAGGUGCAGCCCUCUCUGAGGAGCUCCUGGGGGGUGAAGAAGAAGCUGACUCAGCAGUGCCUACAGUCCAGUCGCUGAUCUCUGCUCUCCUCCCCUCCGUGUUCGGGAACCUGGUCGUAACAGGGGGGCCGGCCCAUGUCUUUAUAGAUAAGCCUGCCCACCGUGUCCUGGGGGCAGCAUACGUUACAUCCACCCAGGAUUUCUGAGCCAACCUUACGCCUCUUCUAUCGCUGGUUUCAGUUUCAACAUAAUUGUGUUUUCUAAUCUGAGCCUUUUCACCCAAGGAUCGAGGGAAACUGCCCUGGACAAGGAAACCACCACAUUGCAGAGAACUGGGCGAUUUCCAGGGUAUCUCAGCUUCCUGAGGUUACCAGCCGUUAGAUAAACUCGGGCAGGCACUCUCUGCCUCCUUCGGCAUCUCACAUGUCCGUACACAGUCUCACUGGCACAUAGACCACCCUUCCCUCCUCCCUGCCACCAAGGAGGCACCCAGAGCCCCUGGAAAACCCAUAUCACCUCCCCACAAGACCCCUUCCCCCGGCAGGUGAGGCCUGUGGGGGCUGCUGAGCUCUGUUUGGAGAGAGACGUCCUUCUGAGGCCCGGCCCUGCCAGCAGCGCCUUGGCUUGUGUUCUAGUGGGAGCCCCCUUGCACCCCCACCCUCCAUGUGCACACACAUCACGCUGGGAGUCUGGGAGGGAUGGACUGCUCCCCUUGAGGCGAGGAUCCUAUGUCACUGUGUUGUGCUUCCUGGCCCGAGGUGGGACCAGCCUUCCCUGCUCAGGACCACUAGGCAGGCUGUGACAUUUGAAAGGCCAAACCAAGUACAUAAACCCCACAAUUAUGGGGACCGUCGUGACCUCAAGCAAUGCCUAAGGAUCUCCAAAUGUGUCCCAGAAAGAGCGUGCUGCCUCGGGGGGCCUGACGGAGCUUGUCUUUGGCGUGGAAUAUUACAUGUUUUCAUCCGGUGCCUCAUGUCCAUGGGUUUCGUCUCCGUUCAGUGCUGAUGUUUUCGUAGUAUCAGGAUUCUGAGCCAAUUUUUGUGUACUCUUGGUCCAAAGAGCGUUUUGUUUUCAUGUGGGUGGGGUGUGGCUUGGUUUGGUUUCUGUUUUGUUUGCAACCUCAGGAGAGACAGGGGAAGAGAAAGUAAUAUAUUUUGUGAUAUUAAUAUAGUCCCUCUUCUCAACAUCUGGGAUAUUUAGGUUGUGUCUGUGCAAAUAGGAACCCGGUGAGCUCUUGUGGGGCAGUAAGUAUUUAUAUACCGAAUGGAGGGAUUUGGGGAAGGGAGAAAAUGGGAAAAGAAUAGCACCAGGAGACUUCCACCAGAGAUGUGUUCGUCAGGGCCCCAGGGAUCUCUGAGUUUUAUGCUUAGAGUCGCAAACCUGAACUUUUCAUCAGCGUUAAAUGGCUGGACUCCCAGUGUCACUAGACGACAAGCACUGCUCAAGAGUGGCGGGGCUGCCCCUUUGCCAAGGGUCCAGGGUGGGCAGUUGGGAACCCCUGGAUCGCCUUUGAGGAUGCUUAGCUGAGUGCUGCUGGGAGACCCGCCCCAAGCCUGACCUACCACACAUGAGAGGAGCCAGGAACCUCAGCUCCAGGUUGUCCAUUUACCAAACUAUAGUGUCUGAUGAUAUAAGUAAAUACUGAAGAGUCAUAAGUUCAUAUUUCCUUUGCCAGACAGAGGUGGUGAGCCAGCAUUGAGGUAUGCUGGGUGGUAUUUCAGGCAUAAGGAGCCUUAGGAAAUCACCAACACCGUCUACUCCCAGAGUGACUGCUCAGGGCAUCUGCCUGCCUGGCCAGGGGACAGGAACCCUGUCAUCACAUCCCUGGGCGGCCUCCUGCAUAAUUACAGGGAAGUAUCUUCACCCAAAGGAGAGAGGAGAUAGAAUGUACUUUAUUUGCUGUGGCGCAAAAAUCUUGGAAAGUGUCUUGGCAGAUGUUGGUAAACUCUCCUAGAAGGCUAUAGUACUUUAAUAUAAGAUUAUCCAUCACAUACUCUUGUGUUACUAAAAGUGGUUUCUCACCCCGAAUAUGUCUGUAGCUUGGUCCACAUUCAGCCGGGUGAAGUGUAUUCAUUUCCCUGCUCCCACUGGAUAGAGGGAAUUAACCCACCUUUGGAAAUUAACCAGAGGCAGAAUCUUAAUAGUAACUGUUUUUGAAAGUCCCCCCGGAGGUGGUGGUCCAUUGCCUUUCUGACAUCCCAGUUUAUAUAGUUAUACUUGUAAAUAUCUGAAAACCCCAUGUAAUGGGGAAGACUGUACAGAGCAGCCUUCCCAAACAUGGCCCUGGACAAAAAGCCACUCUUGCUGCCUGGCUAGAUCGUGCUGUUGACUCAGCUUUCGGGACAGAUUCCCAGAUCCGUCAACCCCUCCUGGUCCAGCCAGGAUGCCCCAGAACCCACCCACCUCGGUCUUCUCAAAUGUGAGCAUUUCAGGGAGCCACCAUCACCCUUGGGUUCACGAGAGGACAGAGCCCCCAGAGCCCCAUGCCUGGAGCCUGCUCCCCUCCCCGCAGCGGCUCCUCCAGACCUGGAACCCAUCCCUGGGGCGCUGGACUCGCGUUGCUGCCGCCGGGUCUGCUUUCUGAACACACCCAUCAGCACUGGCCUCGGAGAGUCCCAGAGUAACCUACUACCUCCCGCAUCGCUCCCGCCAGCCCACAGCCCUAUUCACACCCUAGACGCUGUCCACGCGCAGAUGGCACCCCGCCACGAGCCCUUCUCGGGUCCCCAGACCCAGCGGUGAGGCUGUUAACCAAUGUUUACAACCAAGGGCACCCACCUCCUUGUAGGUGUGUUUACUCUCCCACCCACACGGCCACUUGCUGGUUUGAGUUUCACGUCUGUCUGCUCCUUCCCUGAUUGAGGCCGACUUUGGGGCUGACUUGAGCACACACACAACACACACACACACACACACAUCCCCCCCCCAUCUUUGGUCCCACCCCUCCCUCAAGGCCGUGGUGGGGACGCUGUGGGAAGGACAUUCCUUGUACAUAUUCAGCACAGCCCCUAAAGUAUCAACUUGUACUAUUGUUCUGUAAAGAGGGUGGAAUAGAGCUUAUUGUAAAGCGUGGGGAGAAGUAUAGUAUUGUAUUUGUAACAAUAUGGUUCUUUGUAUACACAAAACUCGAUCUCUAUAUAUAAAUAUAAAUAAAUCUAUAAAUAAGAUAUAUAUACACGUGAGCCUGGAAUGUGGAUGCCGCACACCCACUGAAUGUACUUCCUCUGACAGUCCGGUCCCAGGGCUGGCCCGCCCUCCCCUUCCUCCGUACCGUUUUGGGGGUCGUGAUGUAUGUAAUGUGUUCUCUUCCUUUAUUUAACUGAACGCUAAUGUCUGUUAAGAGUUGCUACAACAAUAAACAAGAACUUCACCUCUUG